AGUGACACCGAUGAGAACCUCGACGAUCAGAAAUCUCAUCGAAUCCCGAUUUCCGGCUGGCCCUCGUGCAAGAAACGGCUGAUGGGCGAGUACGGGGUGAUCAAUCUCAAUGCGCUCGUGUGUUACACUACAAUACUGUAUCGAAUCCUCGCCGAAUAUUUCCCGAGUGGAUUGACAAUACAAAUAUCGAUAAUCACAAGAAACAGCCAGAAUGCUCGGCAGUACGACGAGAACCUGGAUCGGAGCCGACCUACGCCUGAUGCCCCUCCGUGCAGAGGACGGUGUCACCGAACGUCGCCGACGCAGGCAGGCAUAUCAGCCGCCGACGGAGACGACGUCGUUGCGAUUCGAUGGUCGACGAGCGAGACCAAGUCAAGUGCUGUCGGAUUCGUCACCGGAAUGCUGUAUUUCUCCCUUUUCGUCAACUGCGUUGUGGUCGUGAUGACUCCUUUCUACUUGAGGGAUGUGAUUUCCUUCACCUUCUCCUAGACGAGGUGAAAUCUUUUUCGAUUUUUUUUCUCUUCUUCUUCUUCUCCUCAUCUUUUGGGAUUCAACUCAGUAGUGUGGAGAUGUCAGAUGCCAGGUGUGAGGUGUGAGGUGUCGUCGCGUUCUUACGUUACGUAGGUAGGUAUGAAUGA